AUGCAUCCGAGAGGUAGCAAAAGCAGUUCCACCAGCAAAAGUGGCGGGCAUGACAGGAGUAGAGACAAGAAAGAGAAGAAGGACAGUGGUAAUAGGGGUAGCGAGCCGAGCGGCAGCGGCAAGGACCACAAGAAGCUUCCGCUGCCUCUGCUACAGAAUAGCACAAAAUCUUCGGCAUCUAUAGGCGAAACGAGGGACAUAGACGCUCCUCACCAUGACAAGGGAGAGUAUUCAAAGCAGCAAAUAUCUAGCAUUGAUUAUAUGAGAAAGCAUGUUGUCAACGAAGGAGAGAGAGAAGACAAAGGCAAAGGAGUCGACAGACAGAGUUACCCUACAGCAAGUUCCUCGCGUCCAGGAAGCACUGGAAGCUUUUCGAAUGCAGCUUCCAUGGAAAGAAGACCGAGAACCGAGCAGCAAAAACAAGUUGAAGGCUCAGAGUCAAAUCCGUAUGGUGCUGGAUACGCCACACAUUUUCAAGGAGCGCAGUAUCACAUAGAGGCAGCCAAGGAAUUUCAAAAAGAACAGGAUGACAAAAGGACAGUGGUUAUAUGGGCAGGGGAUAUAAAAGAAGACCGUUGGCAAUUUUCCGGUACCUACCCUACUUCUGGUUCUUCUUCAUCAGCAGUUGGUAGCUUUUCAGCAGCUAUUAAUGUGUUCGAGGACCGGCUCGAUCCACCUCCGAAAAUGUCCAAAAAUAAAGACAGGAACGCUUCUAAAGUUGAGGAGGAAGCUAAACAGCAAGCUGAGCUGGAUAAAGCUAACAGACUUUCGUCUAAGCAUGCUUCUAAGGAGGAGAAGUCCACGAAGGACAAGGCGGGGACGAAAAAGACCAAGCCUAAGAGGAGUGGUGGUGGUGGUGGUAGUAAGAAGCCGAGGAGGGAGUUUAAGGAGGAGACCGGUGAAGGAUCUGGUAGCAGGCGUUGA